UUCUCUUCCCGCGGGAUUUCGAGCUCCUCUCGCGGGAUCUUUACCAGCUCGGAGCUGGCAGUAGUGGCCGCGGAGGGGCGUCGGGUGGUUGUUCUGUUGCUGUUCUCCCCGCCGAUCCCGGCCUGGCCCAGAGACGCUAAAGUAUACAGGAAAAUGGAGUACAUGACAGAAUCCACCGAUCGCAGCCCAGGACACAUCUUGUGCUGUGAGUGUGGCAUCCCAAUUAGUCCAAAUCCUGCCAAUAUUUGUGUGGCCUGUUUGCGAAGUAAAGUGGACAUCAGCCAAGGCAUUCCGAAACAGGUCUCUAUAUCUUUCUGCAAACAAUGCCAAAGGUAUGGUGCAUUACUAUUUUAUCCUACUUAAACCUGGGUAAAAAUAAGCAAGGAGAGCAAGGACCUCUUGGAAAUCUGUUUGUUUCUUUUUGUUUGUAUUUUAUUGAAGGUACGGCUUGUAGAUGCAGGCUUUGUUUGGACUGAGCCCCAUUCUAAGAGACUUAAAGUUAAACUGACUAUUCAGAAAGAGGUGAUGAAUGGUGCUAUCCUUCAGCAAGUGUUUGUUGUGGAUUAUGUUGUUCAACCCCAAAUGUGUGGAGACUGCCAUAGAGUAGAAGCCAAGGAUUUCUGGAAGGCAGUUGUUCAAGUCAGGCAAAAGACGUUGCACAAAAAAACUUUCUACUAUUUGGAACAGUUGAUUUUGAAAUACGGAAUGUAUCAGAAUACACUUCGUAUUAAAGAGAUUCAUGAUGGUCUGGAUUUCUAUUAUUCUUCAAAACAACAUGCUCAGAAGAUGGUAGAAUUUCUUCAGUGUACGGUUCCCUGUAGGUACAAGGCCUCACAGAGACUGAUCUCUCAGGAUAUCCAUAGUAACACGUACAAUUACAAAAGUACUUUUUCUGUGGAAAUUGUUCCUAUAUGCAAGGAUAAUGUUGUUUGUCUGUCUCCAAAAUUGGCACAAAGCCUGGGAAAUAUGAACCAGAUUUGUGUGUGUAUUCGAGUAACCAGUGCCGUCCAUCUCAUAGAUCCAAAUACCCUACAAGUUGCAGAUAUUGAUGGGAGCAUUUUCUGGAGUCACCCUUUCAAUAGUUUAUGUCAUCCCAAACAGCUAGAGGAGUUUAUUGUGAUGGACUGCAGUAUAGUUCGAGAUCUAAAACGCAGUGCAGGUGCUGGAAUGAUAUCAAAAAAGCAUACCCUUGGAGAAGUCUGGGUACAGAAAACAUCUGAAAUGAAUACAGAUAAACAGUAUUUCUGUCGCACUCAUUUGGGACAUCUUCUAAAUCCUGGAGACCUGGUGUUGGGGUUUGAUUUGGCCAAUUGUAACUUAAAUGAUGAGCAUGUUAACAAAAUGAACUCAGAUAGAGUCCCAGAUGUGGUACUGAUCAAGAAGAGUUAUGACCGUACCAGACGUCAGCGUCGUAGAAACUGGAAGCUGAAAGAACUUGCAAGAGAUAGAGAAAACUUGGAUACAGAUGAUGAAAGGCAAUACCAAGAUUUCCUUGAAGAUCUUGAAGAAGAUGAGGCAAUUAGAAAAAAUGUGAACAUUUACAGAGAUUCAGCCAUUCCUGUGGAAAGUGACACAGAUGAUGAAGGAGCACCUCGAAUUAGUCUGGCUGAGAUGCUUGAAGACCUUCACAUUUCCCAAGAUGCUACUGGUGAAGAAGGUGAAUUGAUGAUGACAUAAUGGGAUUGUGUUAUAGAUGGUUUAUGCCUCUGUAGGCUCAGGUUAUUAGACAAAAUAACUUUCACUGUCUAUUCCAUCUAUACUUCCAUAUUAAGAAAGAGGAAAUUUAGUUUUAAACCUAAAUACAUGUGACUACUUAAAUUGUUUACUCAAAGCACUGAAAAUUGAUGACUUUGUAGUUUUAGGUAAAAGAUUGUGGAGAAUGUAAUUAUACUGAUAUUUAGGCUAUUUACAUGUGGAAUUUCAUUGGUUUGCUUUUUUAUGAGCCAGAAAUAUUUUCACAUAUUAUAAUGCUACAUUUAAAAGCUCAAAAGUUGUAAUUCCUUUGAGGUUAUCUAAGUCCUCAAGUACAAAACAAGCCUUUUACAUUCUUUUAACAUUGAUUGCAUAAUGAAGAGCUUAUGAAGAAGCAAUUUUAAUAUUAACUUGUGCAGUUUGAUCCACCUUAGAUUAUUUUUAUGUCUUUGUAGUAGGGAAGUUGGGAUUCAGUUUAUUAAUGGACAUUGAAGAGGAAAGUUAAUUUUUUUAUUCAUAAUAAUGGCAUCUUUAAAAAUGGGGGGUUAACUUAGUUUUUAUCAAGAAAAUGUAUUUAAUAUUAGUGGAUUUAUGGGAAAUGACUAAUUAAAAGUUAAAUAACCAUACAUAACUUUGUUAUUUUUGCUUGUGCCAGCAGCUUAGGGUAGUAGCUGCUUAAGUCAUAAAAAUGUCUUCCUGUCACUUCAAGCAUUUUUCUUUUAAAAUUUUGUUUUACAAAUUAAGAAGAAAGGAAUAUUCAAAAUGUAAGUUUCUGUCUAUUAAACACAUCACCAUCAAAAAGAAUAUUAGAAUCUAGCAUAUAGAUAAGAAAGUAAUAAAAAAGAUCUUCAUGCUUUAUGCAACCAUAAUCAGAUUUGAAUGAGGAAAGCCUUCCACAUCCUUGAAAGAAAAGCAUUGGCUUGGGUUUUAAACGGUUCAGAGAAUGAAGUAUUAUUAUUUCUACAAGCAAGGUCAGACUUACUAAGUAUGCCGUAACUAAGAGCUAUUGCAUAAAUUCUAUAUAUACCACUAAAUAAGAAAAUUGAGUUCAAGUGCUGAAUGGAGCAUUUUCCUUUUUUUAAGAUUGGACUCCCCAAUUCUAAAGUUAUGAAUAAAAGCCUGAACUUUCUCUAGUGUCUCCUUUUCUGUCUGCGUAUCUAGUUAAAAGUUUUCACUUGCCGUCUGUGUUUGUCUCUUUUAUGUCAAGACUAAAAAGUAUGAAAAUAAAAGCAUUCCCUCUUUUGUGUCUUGGAAA